CCCAAGCUUUUACAUUUUACUAAAGAGCCCAAUUUCAAAAAAUUGAAUCAGGGUUCUUUCGGAAUCAUUAAUCAUAACGUAAUAAAGAGCUAAAAUUGGGUUUCCAAAGAAAAAAAAAACGAUUUUUUCGAAAUCGAAAAUUGUGAAAUUUGUGUGUGAAGAUUUGAAAAAGUCCUCUUUUUUAUUCAUCGAGUUACAAAGUUUUUAAUACAAAGACAGGACAUAGUUCCUGAAUUGUCUGUUUUUCAAAUCUAUUUCUCGGAUUUUUUUGUUAUGAAACGAGGAAAUUUCGAAUCUCCCUCAAGUUCUGAUCUUCCUUCUUCAUCAAGAUUCAAACUAAAUCCCGAAGGUGAUUCUGAGUUUUUAAAAGAUGAUGAUAGCACCAAGAAUUUUGCUCGUAAGGUCGCUGAUCAUUACAGUAGAAGAACAAAUCAAACUUUAGAAGAAAGAGAAUCAAGUCCUAUCAUUCAUUUAAAAAAACUUAAUAAUUGGAUUAAAAGUGUGUUGAUUCAGCUUUAUACUCGUCGUGAUGAUGCAGUUCUAGACCUUGCUUGUGGGAAGGGUGGUGAUUUGAUUAAGUGGGAGAAGGCGAUGAUCGGGUACUAUGUUGGUAUCGAUAUUGCUGAAGGAUCGAUUGAAGAUUGUCGGACACGUUAUAAUGGUGAUGCGGACCAUCAUCAUCGCCAUAGAAAGUAUAGUUUCCCAGCCCGUUUAUUGUGUGGAGAUUGUUUUGAGAUUGAGCUUGACAAGAUUCUUGAAGAGGAUGCUCCUUUUGAUAUCUGCAGUUGCCAGUUUGCUAUGCAUUACUCUUGGACAACUGAGACCCGUGCUAGACGAGCCUUGUCAAAUGUUUCAGCAUUACUUCGUCCUGGAGGCAUCUUUAUUGGAACAAUGCCAGACGCCAAUGUUAUCAUAAAAAAGCUUCGAGAAGCUGAAGGUCUGGAGAUUGGUAAUAGUGUAUACUGGAUUCGUUUUGGUGAAGAGUAUUCUCAAAAGAAGUUUAAAGCUAGCAGCCCCUUUGGUAUCAAGUAUGUAUUUCAUCUUGAGGAUGCCGUUGAUUGUCCUGAAUGGAUUGUGCCAUUUCACGUCUUCAAAUCCUUAGCAGAAGAGUAUGAUUUAGAGCUGGUAUUAGUGAAGAACUUUCAUGAGUUUGUGCACGAGUACAUGCAAAAACCUGAGUUUUUGGAGCUCAUGCGAAAGCUUGGUGCUUUAGGUGAUGGUAAUCGAAACAAAAGCACACUAUCAGCGGAUGAAUGGGAAGCCGCGUAUCUCUACCUCUCUUUUGUGUUUAGAAAGAGAGGACAAUCUGAUAGGGCUGGAACAAGAACUGCAGGAAGGAAUAACAAUGGGAAAAUGAACAUAUCGAAAGACGAUAUUUUGUAUAUUAACAACGAGGUUUAAGUCAGAGUGUCCACAACAAUGUCCCUUUUGGAUUUGUCUUGAGUUUUUAUUGUUAAGAGUCUUGGAAAAUGCUACUUUUCUUGUAGCGUAGCCAGUUUUUUUUUUUUUUUUUACCAAUUGUAAUAGAAAA